AUUUCUCUGAAGACUGAAAAGUAGGAGGGAUAUCGGAGAACCAGACUAUAAAUGUGAUGUUCAGCCGUUCUGGACAGAGAGUUGCUGAUGAGAAUGGAGAUGCAGGAUGAAAAUGAUCUCUGCUUUCCACAACUGCUCAACAGCUCCUGCAGGAAGCCAAAGCUCCACUGGACCAAAGCUGUGCUCCUGAACAUCCUGAUGUCCGGCCUCUCUGUAACCACUGUAGUUCUGAAUCUGCUCGUCAUCAUCUCUGUCUCCCACUUCAGGCAGCUCCACACUCCCACCAACAUCUUCCUCCUCUCUCUGGCUGUCUCAGACUUCCUUGUGGGUCUCCUUCUGAUGCCGGUGGAAAUCCUUAGAAACACAGCAUGCUGGUUACUCGGAGACAUAACUUGUUCCUUUUAUCUGUUUGUGGUCUCACUUUUGCUUUGUGUUUCCAACGGAAAUAUUGUUCUUAUAUCAAUUGACCGCUACCAAGCCAUAUGUUGCCCUCUGCAUUAUUCCACCAGAAUCACAACAGCAAAAGCCAGAAGAUAUGUUUUCCUGUGUUGGCUCUUUUCUGCUUUGUCCAGCAUUUUCUAUGUCAGAGACAAUCUGAUCCAACCAGGCAGAAGUAAGUCUUGCUUUGGUGAAUGUCAUCUUACCAUUGAAUAUGUUGCCAGCAUUGUUGACCUUAUCAUCAAUUUUAUAUUUUCGGUAAGUCUCAUUGUGGUUCUGUACAUGCGCGUGUUUGUGGUGGCGGUGUCUCAGGCUCGAGCCAUGUGCUCUCGAGUCACAGCAGCUUCACUGCAGCGUGAAGCGAAACCAAAGGCGAAGAGAUCUGAGCUGAAAGCUGCCAGGACUCUUGGCGUUCUUGUCUUUGUUUAUCUGCUAUGUUUCUGCCCCUAUUACAGUUACUCGCUUGUGGAAGUUAAGAUCACUAGCAGUUCAUUUGCAAUUUUUUUGGUUUUUCUUUUUUAUUCGAGUUCCUGUUUCAACCCUGUGAUCUAUGCUUUAUUUUAUAGCUAGUUCAGAAAAGCGAUUAAGCUCAUCAUCACCCUGCAGAUUCUAAGGCCAGGCUCCUAUGAGACAAACAUGCUGUAGAGAACAGGUGUCAAACUCCAGGCCUCAAGGGUCAGUGCCAUACAUGUUUUCCAACUAACCUGCUAUUGUACCUUCUCACAGGUUAAACCACCUGAUCCAAGUCAUCAGCAGCUCAUGGGGAUUUUUCAGGAGGACGCUGGAGCUGCCCUGCUGUAAAAAGACUGUGAACACACCAUAAAAUCCAACCGUUUCAACGACCAAAUUAAUUAUACCAACAUAUCUGAUAGUGACUAGCUAUAUACUUUGGUUUGCAGUAAUGAAACAUGUGGUACUCUGUGUUCUUUGAGGCUGGUAAUAGUUUAGCUGACCUGCUGGUCACCAAGAAGAAAUAUCAAGCAGAAAUACAACAUGAAAAUACUACAUAAAGUAUUUAUUUACACUUUAUUAUGCACAAAUGAAAUAUGUAUUCCAUAAAUGUGGUAAAUUCACAAAAACAUUGUUGUUUUAUAUAUAUAUAUAUAUAUAUAUAUAUAUAUAUAU